ACUGAGAUCAAUGGCGACACGAAUCAGAUCCAAAUCGACAAGAAUAAUGAGAUGAACCAAAUCGACAGAAAUAAUGAGAUUAAAGGUCGGGGUCAGUGGUCUAAAGGCAUUGAAUUCCUACUGUCCUGUAUAUCCAUGUCCGUCGGUCUGGGAAAUGUAUGCGCAUUUCUCAUACCAUAUCUGUUGCUAUUGUUCAUAAUCGGACGGCCCAUGUAUUACCUGGAGCUGGUGUUGGGCCAGUUUAGUGGCCGGGGACCCAUCAAAGUCUGGAAAUGUGUGCCGGCGCUCAAAGGCAUAGGUUUCGCGCAAAUGUUUUCCACGGGUUAUAUCAUCAUUUUCUACAACUACUUAAUGGCGUUAACCAUCUACUACUUCAUCCAAUCUUUUCAAGACCCGCUACCCUGGACUGAGUGCCAACCGGAGUGGUCGCCCACCGGCACCUGCAGUGCCAACACCACCACCACUACAUCUCCCAUAAGCUCCGCUCCAGACAUUAGGUUCUUAGGCGACGACGACGCCAUUCAGUCCCAGAAAUCAUGGGCUGAACUUUACUAUGAGAAGCACGUGUUGCACAAGUCGUCCGGUUUGGAUGACAUGAAUUGGAUCAGCUGGAAGCUAGUCCUGUGUCUCAUGGGCUCCUGGGUUAUGGUCUACCUCAGCAUUAUCAAGGGCGUCAGUUCCAUGGGAAAGGUGGCCUACUUUACGGCAGUAUUCCCGUACGUGGUGUUGAUCGCACUGUUAGCCGUGGCGCUCACUACGGACGGUGCGGUGGAAGGCAUAAAAUUCUUCUUCACCCCCAAAUGGGACAAACUACUGGAGCCCAUCGUGUGGUACAGGGCUGUCGAGCAGUCGUUCUUCUCGUUGGCGGUCUGUUUCGGAUCUCUUAUCAUGUUUUCCAGUUAUAACGAGUUCCACAACAAUGUCUACCGCGAUGCCAUAAUUAUAGCUAUUUUGGACACAUUCACGAGUCUAUUGGCAGGUUGUGUCAUAUUUUCCAAUUUGGGUCAUUUGGCGCACAUUACCGGCAAAGACAUCGACAAAGUGGUCGAAGGAGGUCUGGGACUGGCGUUUGUGGUAUACCCCCAAGGGUUGGGCACUAUUGAGUGGGUGCCCCAACUGUGGUCAGUGUUGUUCUUCAUAAUGAUGUUCACUCUGGGAAUCGGCAGUUCUGUGGCUCAGGUCGAGACCAUUCUGACGGCCAUUAAAGACGAGUUCGUGUCACUGCACCAGAAGAAGGAGAUAUUGGCCGCAAUUGCCUGCGUCUGCUUCUGCCUCCUGGGGCUGCCCCUCACCACUGAUGCUGGCACUUAUGUGAUGGAACUGUUGGACAACUAUGGCGUGGGAACCGCUGUAUUCUUUUACGGCAUCUGUCAGAUAAUCGGCAUCUUCUGGAUCUAUGGUCUACAGAGGUUUUGCUUUGACCUCAAAUUCAUGCUUAACAAGAGUGUGGGCUUAUUCUGGAAAGUGACCUGGGGCUUUGCCGCACCCGUAGCUCUCAUUGUUAUCUUCAUAUAUGGCAACAUCGAGAUUGGUAGGACUGGCAGUCAGAAACCAGGCAUUCCCGCCUGGGGUACAGGCAUUGGCUGGGCUUUAGAUCCCACUGUGGAUAGGGAUCACAAUUUACAGACAAAAGGGUGA